GAGGACCAAAAAGCCAUGAGAGGCAAUGUAGCUGUCUUCAAGUGCAUUAUCCCUGCCUCUGUGGAGGCCUACAUCACUGUUGUGUCGUGGGAGAAAGACACGGUCUCACUUGUCUCAGGAUCUAGAUUUCUCAUCACAUCCAUGGGAGCCUUGUACAUAGUGGAUGUACAGAAUGAAGAUGGAUUAUAUAACUAUCGCUGCAUCACACGGCAUUGCUACACCAGCGAGACCAGGCAAAGCAACAGUGCUCGUCUCUUUCUGUCAGACCCUACAAAUUCAGCGCCAGUGAUUGCAGAUGGCUUCAGCCGGCAGGUGGUCACAGCUGGCCAUCAGGUGGAGCUGCCAUGCAAAGCUUCGGGACACCCACCCCCUAAAUACCGCUGGCUUAAGGACAGCCGUCCACUCCAGCCAGACAGCCGCUUCCACCAGAGCAUGACAGGCCUGCUGAUAGAAAACACCCAGCCAGAUGACACAGGCAACUACCUGUGUGAGGUCUGGAACAGCUAUGGCAAUGCCGAGGUUGUCGGCUGGCUGCUGGUCAAACAGCCCUUGAAGGCUGUGAUCAGCCCCCGAAAGGUGAAGGGCAGUGUGGGCAGCCAGGUCUCCCUCUCCUGCAGUGUCAUUGGCUCAGAGGAGUAUGAGCUCUUCUGGUACCGCAAUGGAGAGAUCAUCCAUCCCGGUGUCAACGUGCGCAUCAUCGGAAAUAACCGGGAAAACCUGGUGAUGGAUGGCAUGGUCAAGAGUGAUGGCGGUGCCUACCAAUGCUUUGCCAGGCAGGGGAAAAUGUCAGCUCAAGACUUUGUUCAGGUCAUCUUGGAAGAUGGUACACCAAAGAUCUUGUCUGCCUUUAGUGAGAAGGUUGUCAACCCGAACAAGGUAGUUUCACUGGUGUGCAAUGUGAAGGGGACGCCCCUGCCCAUCGUCACUUGGACCCUGGACGAUGAUCCGGUUGUGAGGGAUCCUAACCAUCAAAUGGAUGUGGUCAUACUUGGCGAGGGCAAUGUGUUGAGCUACCUGAACAUCUCCAAUACUCAGGUCCGGGACGGGGGUGUCUACCGGUGCACUUGCAACAACACAGCGGGAGUGGUGUCCUACCAGGCUCGAAUAAACGUAAGAGGGGCUCCAAGGAUCCGGCCAAUGAAAAACCUCACGGCCAUAGCUGGGAGGGACACCUACAUUCACUGCCAUGUCAUUGGCUAUCCAUACUACUCCAUCAAGUGGCACAAGAAUGGCAACCUGCUUCCCUUCAAUCACCGCCAGUGUGCCUUUGAGACCAAUGGCACUUUGAGGCUGUCAGAUGUCCAGAAGGACAUGGAUGAGGGAGAGUACACCUGCAGCGUGUUGGUCCAGCCAAAGCUGUUCAGGAGCCAGAGUGUGUACAUCACUGUGAAAGUUCCUCCAUUCAUCCAGCACUUCGAGUUCCCGCACUUCUCCAUUGGUCAGAGGGUCUUUAUCCCCUGCAUGGUGGUGUCCGGUGACCUGCCCAUCUUCAUUACCUGGCACAAAGACGGCCGGCCCAUCCCAGCCACCCUGGGCGUCACCAUUGACAACAUUGACUUCACCAGCUCCCUGCGCAUCUCCAACCUCUCGUCCCGGCACAAUGGCUGCUACACCUGCAUCGCCCGCAAUGACGCUGCCACCAUGGUGCACAAGAGCAAGCUGAUUGUUCGAGUUCCUCCCAGGUUUGUUGUGCAACCUAAGGACCAGGAUGGUAUUUACGGGAAAGCUGUGAUUCUCAACUGCUCUGCGGAGGGAACCCCAGCUCCCACUGUAGUGUGGAAGUUUUCCAAAGGUGCGGGUGUGCCCCAGUUCCAGCCCAUCCCCCUGAACUCAGGCUUUCGACUCCAACUUCUAGACACAGGAUCUCUGCUAAUCAAACAUGUCCUGGAGGAGGACAGCGGCUACUACAUGUGUAAAGUCAGCAAUGACGUCGGAGCUGAUGUCAGCAAGUCUAUGUAUCUCAAUGUAAAAAUUCCAGCCAUGAUCACUUCAUACCCCAACACCACACUGGCCACACAGGGCCAGAGGAAGGCCAUGAGCUGCAUAGCACAUGGCGAGAAGCCCAUCAUGGUGCGCUGGGAAAAAGAGGAUCGCAUCAUCAACCCAGACAUGAGCCGCUACAUAAUCUCUGUCAAGGAAGUGGCAGAUGAGGUCAUCUCCACCCUGCAGAUUUUGCCCACAGUAAGGGAAGACUCUGGAUUUUUCUCCUGUCAUGCAAUCAACUCUUAUGGGGAAGACAGGGGGAUCAUUCAAUUAACAGUACAAGAACCCCCUGACCCCCCAGAGAUUGAGAUUAGGGAGGUUCGAGAUCGGACAAUUGCCCUCCGCUGGACCAUGGGUUUUGAUGGCAACAGUCCCAUCACUGCCUAUGACAUUGAGUGCAAGAACAAAUCAGCAACCUGGAAAACUGUCCAAAGAACCAAAGAUGUUUCCCCUCAGCUGAACCAGGCCACAAUCAUUGACCUCCACCCGUCUUCCACCUACAACAUCCGCAUGUUCGCCAAGAACCACAUUGGGAAGAGCGAGGCCAGCAACGAGCUCACCAUCAGCACAGAUGAAGCAGCUCCCGAUGGUCCACCGCAAGAUGUUCAAAUUGAAGCCGUCUCCUCUCAGAGCAUUAAAGUCACCUGGAAGGCACCCAAAAAGCACCUGCAGAAUGGUAUGAUCCGGGGGUACCAAAUUGGUUACCGGGAGUACAGCACAGGAGGAAGCUACCAGUUCAACGUAAUCAGCAUGGAGACAGCAGGGGACAGCGAGACAAUGACUCUGGAUAAUCUGAAGAAAUUCACCGAGUAUGGUGUGGUGGUGCAGGCCAGGAACAAUGCUGGCACAGGACCCUCCUGCCAGGAAGACAUUGCCACCACCCUGGAGGACGUCCCUAGCAGAGCUCCUGAGAAUGUUCAGGCUUCAGCAACAUCCACCGAAAGCAUCUCAAUUUCCUGGCUGACCCCUGCCAAAGAGGCGCUCAAUGGCAUCCUUCAGGCUUUCCGUGUCAUUUACUGGGCAAACCUGCCAGAUGGAGAGCUGGGCGAGAUACACAACAUCACCACCUCCCAGCCUUCCCUGGAGCUGGACGAGCUGGAGAAGUACACCAACUACAGCAUUCAGGUGCUAGCCUUCACACGUGCUGGGGACGGGGCGCGGAGCAAGCAGAUCUUCAUCCGCACCAAGGAAGAUGUGCCUGGUCCUCCCGGUGGAGUGAAGGCAGCGGCUGCAACCAGCUCGGUGGUGUAUGUAUCCUGGCUGGCCCCACUCAAACUCAACGGGAUCAUCAGAAAGUACACAAUCUUCUGCUCCAAACACUAUCCCAUGGUAAUGAAUGAGUUUGAAGCGGUGCCCAAUGUGUGUUUUUAUGUUGUUCCAAACCUCAACUGGAACCAGAAGUACAUUUUUUGGGUUGUUGCAGUUACAGCGGCUGGCCAAGGAAAUAUCAGUGACAUCAUCACUGUUGAACCUCUUGCUAAAGUGCUCACCCGGAGGCAACCCAUGCAAACACGGGGAGAACAUGCAAACUCCACACAGAGAGGCCCCGGCCGACGGGGAUUCGAACCCAGGACCUCCUUGCUCAAGGGGACUCCAACUCCUGUCAUCAUCGAUGGCAGGCGUAGUGUUCACAGUAAUGGCAGCUUUGUCAUUCGAACAGUGAAAGCAGAGGAUUCUGGGUAUUACACUUGUGUGGCCAGUAACAGCUGGGGAUCCAAUGAAAUUGUGCUGGACCUUCAAGUCCAAGUUCCACCAGACCAGCCACGACUCCAGUGACCCACAGUGACCAAGACAACUACCAUGUCAAUCACUCUGUCCUGGAUACCUGGGGACAACGGGGGAAGCUCUAUCAGAGGGUACAUUCUGCAGUACUCAGAGGACAACAGUGAGCAGUGGGGGAACAUUCCCAUCAGUCCCAGUGAGCGCUCCUAUCGCUUGGAGAACCUUAAAUGUGACACCUGGUACAAGUUCACCCUCACAGCCCAGAACGGAGUAGGCCCGGGUCGCAUCAGUGAGAUCAUUGAGGCCAAGACACAUGGGAAAGUAGAAAGAGACAUUCUAGCGAUCAAUAAAAACACCAGGCCCUCAGAAACUCAGAACACGCAGCAGCAGACUCUACGCAUGCACAUCGACAUUCCCAGGGCUCAGCUGCUGAUUGAGGAGAGGGACACCAUGGAGACAAUCGACGACAGGUCCACAGUGCUGCUGACUGAUGCUGAUUUUGGGGAGACAUCCAAACAGAAGUCGUCCACCGUCACACACACAGUCCACUACCACUCUGUUUCCCAGACCACUGGGCCACUGGUGGAUGUAUCUGAUGCCCGACCAGGAACCAACCCCACUACCCGCCUCCCUGCCAAAGCUGGCCCCGCCGCACGAAACCGCUACACCAGCCAGUGGACUCUGAACCGACUGCACCCGCCUAACUCCUCCCAUACCUUGUCCACUGACUGGAGGCUGCCCACACCACAGGCUGCUGGCUCUGUAGACAAGGAGAGUGACAGUUACAGUGUCAGCCCAUCUCAGGACACAGAUAGGGCAAGGAGCAGCAUGGUGUCAACUGAGAGUGCAUCCUCAACCUAUGAAGAGCUGGCACGGGCCUAUGAGCACGCCAAGAUGGAGGAGCAUCUGCGCCACGCCAAAUUUACCAUAACUGAGUGCUUCAUCUCUGACACCUCCUCCGAGCAGAUGACCGCUGGCACCUACGAGUAUACCGACAGCCUGACUUCAAGCACACCCUCUGAGUCGGGCAUCUGUCAGUUCACAGCAUCCCCGCCCAAACCUCAGGAUGCGGUGCAGGUCAUGAACAUGGCCAUCCCCAAGGCUCACAGACCAGGAGGUGAGCUGGUGCACCUGCCCUCCUAUCUCCGGAUGGACUUCCUUUUAAACCGUGGCAUCCCUGGGGCAGGGCGUGAGGGGUGCUUGGAGCCUCAGAAGAGCCGCAGUCUCAAGCAGCCCCCCAUCCUGGAGCCCACACCCACGGAAGCCCCACCCAGCAGCAGGGAUGCUCAGCAGUGGCAGCCAGGGACUGCCUCUACGCUGCCCCAGUGUGAGGGCACAGACUUGGUACAGGCCUCCAAGCUCAGCAGCUCUCAGGAGUCCCUGAAACAGAGCAACAACCCAUACGCAAAGUCGUACACUUUAGUAUAACACAGAGCAUGAAUGAGACUGCAGACACAAAGACGAGCCCUCAGCACACAUAACACACAGACUCUUGUGAAAGCUGUUGUAUACACUCACUGAGCACUUUAUUAGGAACACCUGUACACCUACUUAUUCAUGCAAUCUAAUCAGCCAAUCAUGUGGCAGCAGUGCAAUGCAUGAAAUCAUGUAGAUAUGGGUCCGAAGCUUCAGUUAAUAUUCACAUCAACCAUCCUGAUGGGGAAAAAAUGUGAUGUAAGUGUCCAUGGAAUGAUUGUUAAUGCCAGACAGGGUGGUUUGAGUACCUCAGAAACUGCUGAUCUCCAGGGAUUUUCACGCACAACAGUCUCGAGUUUUGUGGGAAUUGUAGGAACAACAAAAAACAUCUAGUGAGCAGCAGUUCUGCAAGCAGAAACACCUUGUCAAUGAGAGAGGUCCGCGGAGAAUGUCCAGACUGGUCAAAGCUGACAGGAAUGAACGCAAAUAACUACAUAUUACAACAGUGGUAUGCAGAAGAGCAUCUGUGAACACACAAUGCAUCAAACCUCUAAAUGGAUAGGCUACAGC